AAACGUCACAGCGCCGGUGCUCGCUGCUGGCCGGUGGCCGUGUGCCAUGGCGUGGCGUCUUUGCUCGAUUGAACUCGACUCGAGAUGAAUGGCAGGUGAUUCAGAGGCCAGCAACAUUCGGGUGGCUGUUCGCUGUCGGCCCUUCAGUGCACGUGAACAGUCAGAGGGCGAAGCAAAGAAUGCUCUCGCCUGCACAAACAAUGCUGUUCAGGUGUUGGAGUCGACAAGGAUGCCCAAGUCCUUCACCUAUGACCACGUGUUUGGAUGUUCGGAUUCACAAGAGGCAAUCUUUGAGGCCAUCGGUCUCCACCUUUUGGACAAUGCCAUGAACGCGUACAAUGGCUGCAUUUUCGCCUAUGGUCAAACUGGCUCUGGAAAAAGCCAUUCCAUCAUGGGUGAUGUUCAGAAUGAGGCAGAACAGGGUAUCUUACCCCGUGCUUGUACACGGCUCUUUAGCAGAAUCCAGGAAGCUCGGCAAGAAGAAAGCGGCUUCGAGGCGACGGUUUUGGCAAGUUACCUCGAGAUCUACAACGAGAAGAUUUAUGACUUGCUGACAGGUGGUGAUGCUGGUGAACUGCAAGUGAGAAAUCACCCGGAUUUGGGACCCAUCGUUCCUCACUUGACCGAGUGUCCAGUGGAAAGUUUCGAGGAGGCGCACGAACUCCUCGACUUCGGUGCAAAGCGUCGUGCUGUGGGUGCCACUCAAAUGAAUGCGACAUCUUCCAGGUCUCAUGCAGUCUUCACCUUGCAGGUUCGAAUGGUGACAUCUCGACCAGGCGGCCACAUAGAAAGCCAGGCCAAGGUGCACUUUGUGGACUUGGCUGGAAGUGAAAGGCAGAAGAAGACAGGUGCUGCUGGAGAACGGUUGAAGGAAGGGAUUGGCAUCAACUUGUCCUUGACCACUUUGGGCAGGGUGAUCUCUGAAUUGACGAAGCCGGGUACAAGGAGUGUUCCAGCUUUUCGAGAGUCCAAGCUGACUCUGCUUCUAAAGGAUGCACUCAUGGGCAACAGCCGCACAGAACUUCUGGCGUGCAUUAGCCCAUCUCUCUUCAAUCUCGAGGAAACAGUGAGCACGCUUGAAUUCGCGGCCAGAUGCAAAUUGGUAAAGACGAGUGCUGUGAAGAACGAACAAAGCAAGACUGACGUGAUUCAGCGACUCACAGAUGAGAAGGCUGUCAUUGAAGACCAGUUGCGACAGGAAAGGCUUCAAAGGGAAGAACUUUCUCGUCAACUCCAGGCGUUGGAAGAAAAACAGAAAGCAGCCGAGAGAGCGCUAGAGGAGAAGAAAGACAUCGAGGAACAACUUAGGUUGGAAAAACAACAUGAAAUGGAACAUCAGCUGAGCCACUGCGCAGAAAAAGAGCAACUCCGUCAGGAGAAAGAAAAAGCCAUGAAGGUUGAAGCAAGUCUUACAAAACGCUUGGCAGAGCUUGCUCAGCAGGAGCAUCAGCAACGUGAGGAGGCAAGAAAGGAGCUGGAGCUGAGAUGCCGCUUGGAAGAUGAGCGAAAACAACAGAAGGAUCGCGAAGCCGAGCUUCUCGCACAGCUGGACGCAUUAAAAGGAAUUCAAGAGAGCAUUGCACUUGAUGAGGCUCAGCUCGCGGCAAGGCGCGAAGAGCAGCAUCGCCAAAGAGAAGCAGAGCUUGCAAAGCUGGGGAUGCAUUUUGUUGGAAUGGACCUUGACGAUGUGCCCAAGGCACCAAAGCUCGUCAAUUUGCAUCCGGACCCUGCACUAAAGGGAUGUUUGGUGUACUCGCUGCCAAUGGGUGAGACUCGGAUUGGUGCUGACCCACAACGCUGUCGGGUGGCACUCUCUGGUCUCAACGUGGCUGAGGAGGUUUGUGCAGUGGAAAAUGCAGACAAUGUGGCACUUUCCGUCAGAUCCCUUGGUGAGGGGCUGGUGCGAGUUAAUGGAUGUGUUGUCCCAGAGGCUGGCCAGUCACUUCAAGAUGGUGACAGGCUUGCCAUUGGCCGUGCUUACAUUUUUCGGUUGCAGGUUCCCGAAGCUGGAGCCAGCAAAGAUGAGGCUACGCCAGAUGACUUCGAGCACGCCUUGGAGGAGAUCUCAGCUUGUGCCCAAAUCAACCCGGAAUGGGAGAAUGGAGUUCAAAAGGCUAUGCUUUUGGUGAAGAGUGACUUCGGUGAUGAAGCUGCAAACAAACUGCUUCGCCAGGCCAAGAGAGCGUCCGAAGCCUGCGAGAUGGCAAAUGGAGUCCUGCAAAUGAUGCCUCUGAAGCUCACAGAUGGUGUGCGCAGGUUUGAGCUCUCCAUCCUUUUCAAUGCGCAAGGACUUCCCGAGGUGUGCGUCGUAGCACGUCGCUCUGGCGAAGGAAACUGUCAGCCUGUUGCUGGAAUUUGGGAGGUCGAGCACUUUUGGCAGGACCGCCUUCCGCCUCUGUUCGAUUUCUUGACGACGUUUCAGCAACAUCUUGGUGCUGAUGCCGAUGACGCACAUGGCGACAUGGAGGAGACUCCUGACAUGCACUGGGAAUCGAGAGUCUGGAGCGACAUCAGUAUCUCCGACUUCAGGGCCUUGCUGGCCGAACGGGAAGAGCUCCUACGAAAUCUGAAAUCAGUGCAAGAGGCUCUAGACACUGCCCAAGCAACUCGGCCACCUCGUGGGCGAGUUUCAUCUGUCUUGAGUGGUUGGCGGCGUCAAAGCAGCUGGGGCCGAUCCUUCAGCCCAGCCGCAUUGCUGCGUGCUUCGACAUCACGAUUGAAAGCUGAAGGUUCGCCGUCUCCGAAACUUCCGCAGCUUGAGGAUGACUUCCAGCCACCUCCACGUGACCACAAUGAAAUAUUCUCAAGUGGUGAGUGGUCUGGCGGUAGCCAGAAGGGCCAAAGAUGCUCAAAGCAAGCAAAACUCGGAACAAAUGCAGGAGAGCUCCAGGCAAUCUCAUGUAUAUAUUUGGAACUUCCCCUACAGAAUGGCUAGGGUUAACCCUCCAAAACAGCUACCAUUUUAACAUAGAUUUUUGGUGAUAUGUGUGUCCAAAGGGGCAUGCGCCACCAUUCUAUAGAGGCUUUGAUUGCUUGAAUCAGGC